GGGCGCGGUAGGGCUGCUGGGCCACGGGCUGGGGCGCGCGGCGGAGGCGGUCCGCGGACUGACGCUGCUAGAGCCGAAGCGCGAGCCGGGCGAGGCCGCAGCCAGGGGCGGCAGGAGCGGCGGGAGCAGGGCUGGCCGGCUCCAUGGCGCCAGUGGCGCCCGUCUGAGCAGCGCGGGCAGCGGCAGGCGGCGGCCGAAUCGGGCCGCGGCUCUUACUCACCAUGGGGGACGUGCUGUCCACGCACCUGGACGACGCCAGGCGCCAGCACAUCGCAGAGAAAACCGGGAAGAUCCUGACGGAGUUCCUCCGCUUCUACGAGGACCAGUAUGGUGUGGCUCUCUUCAACAGCAUGCGACAUGAGAUCGAGGGCACCGGGGCGCCACAGGCCCAGCUGCUCUGGCGCAAGGUGCCCUUGGAUGAGCGCAUCAUCUUCUCGGGGAACCUCUUCCAGUACCAGGAGGACAGCAAGAAGUGGAGGAACCGUUUCAGCUUCGUGCCGCACAACUAUGGGCUGGUGCUCUACGAGAACAAAGUGGCUUAUGAGCGGCAGGUCCCACCCCGAGCUGUCAUCAACAGUGCGGGCUACAAAAUUCUCACCUCCUUGGACCAGUACCUGGAGCUUGUUGGCAACUCCUUACCAGGGACCACAUCAAAAUCGGGCGCUGCCCCUGUCCUCAAGUGCCCCACGCAGUUCCCGCUCAUCCUCUGGCAUCCUUCUGCGCGUCACUACUGCUUCUGCAUGAUGACGGAAGCCGAGCAGGACAAGUGGCAGGCUGUCCUGCAGGACUGCGUCCGGCACUGCAACAAUGGGAUCCCCGAGGACUCCAAGGUGGAGGGCCCCGCGUUCACUGACGCCAUCCGCUUGUACCGCCAGUCCAAGGAGCUGUACGGCACCUGGGAGAUGCUGUGUGGGAACGAGGUGCAGAUCCUGAGCAACCUGGUGAUGGAGGAGCUGGGCCCUGAGCUGAAGGCAGAGCUCGCCCCCCGGCUGAAGGGGAAACCGCAGGAGCGACAGCGGCAGUGGAUCCAGAUCUCAGACACCGUGUACCGCAUGGUGUAUGAACAGGCCAAGGCACGCUUUGAGGCCAUGCUGUCCAAGCUACAGCUGGCCCGGCCGGCCAUGGAGGCGGUCAUCCGCACCGACAUGGACCAGAUCAUCACCUCCAAGGAGCAUCUGGCCAGCAAGAUCCGAGCUUCCAUCCUCCCCAAGGCGGAGGUGUGUGUCCGGAAUCAUGUCCAGCCCUAUAUCCCGUCCAUCCUGGAGGCCCUGAUGGUGCCCACCAGCCAGGGCUUCACCGAAGUGCGGGACGUCUUGUUCAAGGAGGUCACCGACAUGAACCUGAACGUCAUCAAUGAGGGCGGCAUCGACAAGCUGGGCGAGUACAUGGAGAAGCUGUCCCAGCUGGCGUACCACCCCCUCAAGAUGCAGAGCUGCUACGAGAAGAUGGAGCCACUGCGGCUCGAUGGGCUGCAGCAGCGUUUCGACGUGUCCAGCACGUCUGUGUUCAAGCAGCGAGCCCAGAUCCUCAUGCGUGAGCAAAUGGACAACGCCGUGUACACCUUCGAGACCCUCCUGCACCAGGAGCUGGGGAAGGGGCCCACCAAGGAGGAGCUGUGCAAGUCCAUCCAGCGCAUCCUGGAGCGAGUGCUGAAGAAAUACGACUAUGACAGCAGCACCGUGCGGAAGCGCUUUUUCCGGGAGGCUCUGCUGCAGAUCACCAUCCCGUUCCUGCUCAAGAAGCUGGCGCCCACCUGCAAGUCGGAGCUGUCUCGGUUCCAGGAGCUGAUAUUUGAGGACUUUGCCAGCUUCAUCCUGGUGGAGAACACAUAUGAGGAGGUGGUGUUGCAGACAGUCAUGAAGGACAUCCUACAGGCUGUGAAGGAGGCCGCCGUGCAGAGGAAGCACAACUUGUACCGGGACAGCGUGGUCAUGCACAGCAGCGACCCCGACCUGCACCUGCUGGCCGAGGCCGUGCCCGUCGACUGGGGCGAGGAGUACAGUGGCAGCAGUGACAGCGGUGGGGACCCCGGCAGCCCUAGCAUCCCGGAAGCAGCCACCCUCUCAGAAAAGCGCCGGCGUGCCAAGCAGGUGGUGUCCGUGGUCCAGGACGAGGAGGCGGGGCUGCCCUUCGAGGCUGUCCCUGAGCCCCUAUUACCUACGUCCGCAGACAGCAUCACCGAGCUCCGUGGUCUGCUGGCCCGGGAUCUGCAGGCUGAGAGCCCCUCACUGGCCGGCCCCCUGCUCAAUGGGGCCCCCGCCCAGGAGAGCCCCCAGCCCGGGAAGGCCCCUGAGGCCGCCUCACCGCCUGCCUCACCCCUCCGGCAGCUCCCGCCUGGAAAGGCCUCGGACCUCGAGCCUCCCAAGCCCAGUGACCAGGAGACCGGGGAGCAGGUGUCCGGCCCUGGCGGCCGCCCCCCAAUCCAUACCACCACCGAGGACGGUGCAGGGGUGCAGACUGAGUUCUAG